GGGAAUAUGGCGGCUACAUGAACGCACAAGCUAGCAAUCCAAUUUUAAUAUAACCUUUGCUAGAUAGCCAAUCAUGGCUAUCAGUUUCUCUGCACGAUGUGCAUUUAUUUUGCAGAAGUGUAUAUAUAUUGCACUGAUCGUUUUUAUGAUGGAUGUACACGGUGAUGUUGUUUUCCAGCCACAAUCUAUAUUCGCCUCUGGACCAAGAGUGACUGCCUUCUUACUGGGAACCUCCUCGGAUAUUAAUUUGACUCUGAGCUCCGUCUCACCGUUAAACGGUACUGGACGUCUUCCACCGCCCUCCUGUGAAGAAGAAUACGGGGGUCAGUGGGUUCUCACACGGGAAGCAUUGGGAAAGACCACCCUGAAGGUGGAGCUGAGUUUGAACCGCAGCUUGCAGCUCUGUGGCAAUGAGACAGACUGCUGUCCAGAACCCCUUUGUGUCCUGGAGACGCUACGAGUGUCAGCCUGCCAGGGUAAUCAGACCGUGGCCACACUACUGGUGCAGGCCCAAAUAUAUGCCCUGGUCCUCCCCACAGGCCCAGUGUCUGACAAUAAAACAAUCAUCCCUAACCAAGUGUACCAGCCACUAGGCUCAUGUCCCUGUGACCUGACCGCAGGAACCUGUGAUGUGAGGUGCUGCUGUGAUGAGGACUGCUCCCUAGAUGCUCUACAGCUGUUUGAGUCACAGUGCUUCCCUGGAGUGUUUGGUGGGAACAUCACCCUCGCCCCUGACUACGAGUGUUCUGUGCAGUCUGCCAACAAUGCGCCUGAUUGGUUCCCCUUCCUUUGUGUCACCUCGCCCCCUGAAAACAGCCCUUUCCUUGGACUCUUCUACCAGGGGGCAACAGUCACACCCAAACGCAGUGCAUCUUUCCAGGCCCCAAUCCUCACUGCACCAGCACCCAGUGGUGGCUACCGCCAGGGCGAUCCCAUCUUUACAGCUGAUGAAAAGUAUUUCACUAUCCCCCAGCAAUCCAUGGUUGGCCAGUGUGUGGACAGUGCCCCUGUGGCUUUUCUGCAGAACUUUGAGGCGUCUUGUGUGACAUAUCUCCAGUCCUGCCCAAUUGGACCUCCCCUGCUCACCAGUGCCUCUGAACUGAGUGUCCGUGUGAUCGAUGGCCGGGGGGGUGUGGUGACUGUCAGUGUGACUUUCGAACCAUUUCUGUCCCUGCCAGCUGUCCAGGGGUGUGGAAGGGUGACUAUAGCCCUGAACUACACAUUCUUCUGGAGAGGAAAUGGCAUCACCGACAUCACAGUGAUUCAGACUGUGGCAAACGUGACCUUAAAUCCAAGCAUCUAUUUAACAAGCAAAUUCUCUGCAACGUUUGUGAAUGGGAAUAUAACAGCUCAGUCCAACUCGGGUAACCCAGGUUAUCAGGUAGGACGGCCUGUUAUUGGUGGAUCUGUGAGUGCUGGGGAUAACGACGCAGGAACCAUCCAGAGGAUGGACAUCAGUCUCUGGCAGCCAGUUGGGGAGGGCCUCUGCACUUCUGCGGGGACAAAGCAGGUUCUGUUUGGGGAGAAUGCAACCGCCGGAUGCCUAUUAUCCCUGAGUGUACAGGACCUGGCCCGUUGCAGCCAGCUCAGAGAAACUGUGCACAGCACUCUGGCUGCCUUGGUGAAUGCAACAUAUGUAGCCAGGAAAGGGAACUCCAAUUUUUCCAACCUGGCUGACUGGGUGAAUAUUACCUUUGUGCCCCUGAACGCCAGCAGUCCUGCUGUGAGUCCCGCUGGCACCUGUGUGGGCGUGCCCUCUCACCUGAACAUCCUCGUAAUCACUGCAGUGACGGGGCUGGUAGGAGGCCAGCCGCAGACGGAGAUCCGAGCCAUGGAGGUCAGUUACGCAGCAUCGACAUGGAGGAUGGAGUGUGGAGGGGGUAACCCUGCUCCCUGUCUGAAUUCAACUAUUCAACAGUACUUCGCUCUGAGCUCUGCUGUCACCUUCAUCCACAUUCCCACCCAGUCUGGCCCCCCCAAAACCAGGUUUCAGAUCAAUUUCACUGAAUAUGACUGUGACAGGAAUGACGUUUGCUGGCCCCAGCUUGCAUAUCCUCUCACUAGAUACUACACAGGUGAGCCCUACUCACAGUCCCUUGCUAAAGGCCUGAUCCUGGUCUUCUUCUUCAUUGCUGCCUCUGUGCUGGGGACCCCAUGGAGACAGAUCCGGCAGGCGUGGAGCAGUGCCAUCCUGUAAACCUCACAUUCACUCACAGGAUAACAGAACUGUCUCUUCAUCUGAUUGAGGGAGACAUAUUCACCUGCUGUUCUAUUACUGUCAGUCUUCCCUGUUUCAGUAACACUAACAGUGAGCAUGGCUUCCUUACUGAGAUCGACUGUUGUCAAAAAAGUAUUACCAGGUGAAAGUUUGUAAGCUUUAAAGUCAGGUAUGUUUUUGCUCUUCUACCAUAGUCGGACUAAUUCUCACACAGUGUUUUCAUGUCACAUCUGUAUCAGCCAGCAGAUUCAGUGGUUCACUUUACCACUGAAGUGCAAGCAGUACAGAAUUAAUGCAGUGAGUGGUGUGGUUUUGAUGUAAAAUCUUUGGCUCACUGAACAUCCUGAGGGCAAUGUAGGAAGGACAUGUCCUUGCUUCACUGUGACAGUAUGUGAUUUUUUUUUUCUAAGGCA